AUGGCCAGCCUGGAGAUCAGACCAUUCUUCACCCAAGGCAGCCAAGGCGAAGCCUCGGAGCCUCCCUCAACGGCCGCCAUCAUCAAAGCCCUCAGCAUGAUCCCGCACAUCGAGGGAGGCUACUUUGCCGAAACGGACAGGGACCCCCUUCUCGUCCCAUCUCCAUUUCCCGUCACCCCGGCCUCAGAAGCAACCCUAUCACUAGCCGGACCCCAGCGCCCAGGCUUCGACCCAAAGGUUCGCAACGCCUCCACCACCAUCUUCUACCUCCUGACCCCCAACACCCCCCAGGGCAACUUCCACCGCAACCGCGCGCGGACGGUGCACACGCUGCACAAGGGCCGGGGUAGAUAUGUCCUGAUCAACACGCGCGGGGGGGUCGAGACCUUCGUGGUCGGGCAGGACGUCAGCCGCGGGGAGAGGCUGCAGUGGAUCGUCGAGGGGGACCACUACAAGGCCAGCUACCUGCUCCCCGAUAAGGAGGGAGGCGAUUCGACUGCCGAGGGGCUCCUGAUCUCGGAGACGGUCGUGCCAGGCUUUGAGUAUUGCGAUCAUGACUUCCUCGCAAGGGACGGACUGAGGGAGUUGCUGGGAGCGGAGAAGGCCAAGGGUUUGGAGUGGCUUGUCAGGAGGGAUGAGUAG